CAUGGGCGACUUCCAGGAGUUUGACCAGGACUUCUACAAGUCAGGAUAUUACAUCGACGAGCAGGGUCACGCUGUGGCCUACGGCUACGACACCUAUGAUGGCAUGAGCCCUGCUUAUCAGGAUGAUGGAUCAGGGGCCCCCAUGGCUGGUGUUUUUGAUCCAUCAAUGGGGCAGCAAUACACAGGACAGAUCUAUCAGCCUGCAAUGCCGUCUGAGACUCUGGGAGACACAGGAGCAGAUCAUUAUGAAGAGGAACCUCCCCUUCUGGAGGAGCUCGGCAUUAAUUUUGACCAUAUCUGGCAGAAGGCGCUGACGGUGUUGAACCCUUUCAAAGCAGCGGACGGCAGCAUUAUGAAUGAGACCGAUCUGACAGGCCCCAUCCUGUUCUGCAUUGCACUGGGGGCAGCUUUGCUGAUGGCAGGCAAAGUCCACUUUGGCUACGUGUAUGGAAUCAGUGCCAUAGCCUGUAUUGGGAUGUACAUCCUGCUCAAUCUGAUGAGUUCCCUGGCAGUGUCCUACGGCUGUGUGGCCAGUGUCCUGGGCUACUGCCUACUGCCCAUGGUGGCCCUCUCCACUUUCGCCAUCUUCUUCUCCUUACAGGGCUUCCUGGGCACAGGUUUGGCCUUGUUAGUGAUUUGCUGGUGUAGUUUCUCCGCCUCCAAGAUCUUCAUCUCCACCCUGGCCAUGCAGGGCCAACAGCUGCUGGUGGCUUACCCGUGUGCUCUGCUCUACGGGGUCUUUGCACUAAUCACAGUAUUUUAA